AUGAUAUCAUCCAAUAGUUCAAAAUAUAAAAAUUUAAAUAAUAAAAUUGUAUUUGGAAGAUUAUUGGAAACGGCAUUAAAUUCAUUAUUGGUUGAUGAGGAAAAAUCAACAAUGGUUUCCAACUUCGUUGAUGAUCAUGCUAAAGACUUGUACAAAUACAAAUACGAAAACUAUCAACUGAUUCGAGAUGAUAAUGAUGAUGAAAAAGAAAAAAAAACAAAAGAUAAAAAGAAAUCUAAUGAAAAAUAUCAAGAUGAAAAAAUCAAUAAACUUGCCGCAUUAAUCAAUCUUGAUGAUUCGAAAGCAUAUAUUGAAAACAAUAUGCAGUUAAUAUCUCAAGAAACAAUUGAUUAUUUAAAGUCAUGGUCAACUGAUUUAGAAAGAGAUAAUGAUUUUAUUGGUAUGGAACGUGUUGCUCAUCAAACAAUGAUUAUCAUAUUCAUUCAUCGAUUAAUUCAUAAUACAAACUUGAAUCUAACUGAAUCGAUUCAAGAUUUUUUUUCAAAAGAACUUAAUGCACUUCGAGAUCUUAUUCGUGAUAAUGCAGAACAGAAAAACCAAGAUUUUAAUACACAAAAUGAAAAAAAAGAGCAACAAAAACGUUUAGGUGCAGGUGGUAUAUUAGAUCCAAUUGAAGUUAUCAAAUCAUUACCAAUGGUAUUACUGGAAUGUUUGAAAUCACGUGAUGUUGAACAAUUGCAAGAUGUUUUAUCAAAAAUGACUCAAGAAGAAGCUGAUCAACAUCUUGAUCGUUGUAUUAAGUCGGGUUUAUUAAUGGUAAAUACAAAAAAUGCAGAAGGUGAUGGUGAAGAAGAAACGAAAAAUUAUGAAGAAACUGGUACACAAGAUAUAGAAAAAUGA